AUGCGUAGUGCCAGUUUUUGCCCUCGUGCGGGAAGUUAUCCGCCGCCAAAUUGGAUUGUUACUUUUUCCCACCCAAAUUUUUGGCGGGCUGUUAAUUUACGGGAUUAUUCGGCCGUUGAGAAGAAAGAUUUAUAUCAUAAUUGCACGGUUAUUUACACCACCAGCAGCGAGUUAGGUUUUGAUUAUCUUCGGAAUAACCUAGUAACUAAUAUUGACGAGAAGCGGAAGCAGGAUUAUUAUUAUGCCAUUAUUGACGAGGUCGAUUCUAUUUUAAUUGACGAAGCUCAGAACCCCCUGAUUAUUUCCCGGCCAGCCCGAGGAAAAGGCAAAAUUCAUCCUCUCGAAUAUCAAUUAGCCACCAAAAUAGCCAGCUUCCUGGAAGAAAAAAAAGAUUAUAUUGUCGACCAAAAAGAGAGAAUUUACAAAGAAAAGUUAAUUUUAAUUGACCUUCUUACUGGUCGUUUGGCUCUCAACCGAGUUUAUGGCUCCGGAAUACAACAAGCUAUUGAAAGUAAGGAGAACCUACUAGUCUCUCCUCCUAGCAAGAACAUUGCUACUAUUACUUACCAAAAUUUCUUUCGGCUUUUUACUAAACUAUCAGGCAUGACCGGCACAGCCGAAAGCGAGGCUAAGGAAUUUCGGGAAGUUUACGGGAUGGAAGUCAUUGUUAUCCCUCCUUACCGUAAGUUGAUUAGAAAGGACCAUGAGGCUCUAUUUUUCUUGGACCGAAACAAUAAAUACCGGGCCGUAGUCCGAAAAAUCAAAAAAAAUUUUCAAACUAGGAAAAGACCAAUCCUGGUAGGCUCUCCUAAUUUAGAAGUUUCCGAACAUAUUUCGCAGUUGCUAACCCAGGAAGAAAUUUUUCAUCAGGUUUUAAAUGCGACUAAUCACGAGCUCGAAGCCCAAAUCAUUUCCCAAGCCGGAGAAAUAGAUUCCGUAGUUGUUUCCACUAACAUGGUAGGCCGGGGGGUUGAUAUUCCUUUGAGUAGAGAAAGCAAGGAGGCCGGGGGGUUGAUAGUGAUUAUAGUUGAGCCUAACUCGAUUUUGCGACCUGACCAACAAUUUCGGGGGCGGGCUGGAAGACAAGUAUUACAACGUGCCCUCAGUGGCAAAGUUAUUAACUUGCUUGUUUCGGAAGCCCAAGAAACUCUUCGCAAUAUUCAAGCCGAUCACCGGCAGCGAACCCUUAACCGUGAUUUGCUGAUUAAUCGACAACGAAAGAUAACUUACCAUUAUCGAGAAAAAAUAUUAACCGGCUCAAAAUUGGAAAAGUUAGCCUCCUUUCCGGCUCCAAAUAAUUUCAAUAAUCAAAGCAAACAUCUUCGUUCGCUUUUGCUCCGUCACGUAGAUGAUUUUUGGUCCGAGUAUCUAGAAUGUUUAAACAAAAUUGACGAACUAACCAAAAUUAGAAUGUCAGAGAUUAUCUGUGAAGAAAGCAAGAGCGUUAGAACUCGUUUUGCCCCUAGUCCGACCGGAGAUUUACAUUUAGGUGGAGCCCGAACGGCCUUAUUUAAUUAUUUGGUAGCAAAACAGAAGCGAGGACAGUUCAUUUUAAGAAUUGAAGACACCGAUCAACAAAGAAAUCACGAAGAAUUUGUUCAUCGACAAUAUGAAGAUUUGAGACUAGACAUUUAUCAAAAAUACCUGCAACAAUUAUUAACAGAAAAAAAGGCUUAUUAUUGUUUUUGUUCGGCGGUCGAGUUAGCCCAAGAAAAAGAAAAAUAUCUUCGGGAAAAUCAAAAAAGUAAUUACCAAUAUUCUCGCAAAUGCCUAAAAUUAACUCCCCAAGAAGUUAACCUUUUUCUCCGAGAAAAAAAGAGUUAUCUUAUUCGUUUUCAUACUAAUCAAACAAAAAACUACCAAUUAAUUGACUUAGUUCGAGGCCAAGUAGUUUUUCCUGGUAAUGAUAUUGAAGAUUUUGUGCUCUGUCGAAGUAAUGGUGUUCCUUUGCUUAACUUUGCGGUAGUAGUUGACGACCACACCAUGAAAAUUAACCAAAUUUUACGGGGCGAAGAACAUUUAUCCAAUACGGCUAAGCAGUUGGUUUUGUAUGAAGCUCUAGGCUGA